CUCAGUACGCGGGCAACUUCGCGGCGUGCCGACCGACCGGCUGCCGACGGCCGACCAGUCCCGUCAGUCGAAAUGAAGAUGGCCGCCGAGGUGAGGUGGCUCCUCGUUUUUCUCGUGUCAUGCGGCGUAUUGUCAUGCCGCGGCGAGGCGCCGCAUCGGAAAUUCGAAUACAAGUACUCGUUCAAGCCACCGUACCUCGCACAAAAGGACGGCAGUGUACCGUUCUGGGAAUACGGCGGAAAUGCCAUUGCUAGUUCAGAAAAUGUUAGAGUAGCACCAUCACUUAGAAGUCAAAAAGGUGCAAUAUGGGUGAAACAGCCAACAACUUUCGACUGGUGGGAGGUAGAAAUAGUAUUCCGAAUAAGUGGACGUGGAAGGAUAGGGGCGGACGGUUUGGCAUUCUGGUACACAAGCAACAAAGGACACUACAACGGUUCCGUUUUUGGUAGCUCGGAUCUUUGGACGGGUCUAGGAAUUUUCUUUGACUCGUUUGAUAAUGACAAUAAGCACAAUAAUCCAUACAUCAUGGCGAUUGUAAAUGAUGGCACAAAGGCUUUUGAUCACAUAAAUGAUGGCUCUACGCAGCAACUGGCAGGCUGCUUGCGAGACUUCCGAAAUAAACCUUUCGCCACGCGAGCACGAAUAGAGUAUUAUAUGAAUUCAUUAACUGUGUUAUUCCAUAGUGGCAUGACAAACAACGAGCAGGAUUAUGAAAUUUGUUUCCGAGUCGACAACGUUGUGUUACCGAAAAACGGAUACUUUGGAAUUUCCGCCGCUACUGGUGGUCUGGCUGAUGACCAUGACAUCUUAUAUUUUCUUACAACCUCUCUAUAUCCUCCCGGACAGCUACCGGUGGAUGGGAAUAAAAUUUCUUUAGAGGAACAAGCCAAACUACAACAGGAAUACUUAGACUAUCAAAAGAAACUAGAUGAACACAAAGAGGAAUACCGCAAGGAGAAUCCAGAAAUGCAAAAAGUCGAUUUCGAAGAAUACGAAACGGAUAAUCAAAGAGAAUUACGGCAGAUAUUCAACGGGCAGAGUCAGAUGUUUGAUGCUUUGCGUGAACUUCACAGGAAAUUAGAUGAGAUUGUUGGAAGACAAGAGAGAACUUUAAGUUUAAUUUCUCAAGUUGGACAAGGAGGUGUACAAGUUGCGGGGCAGCCUGGUCAGCAACCUGUGCUGAUCGACACCAUACGUCGACAGGAAGUCGAUGCCGUGCUGAGUAAUCAAAACAUCAUAUUGAAUACGGUUAAGGAAAUUAAAUCCUUCACGGGAGAGAUCUAUUCUAAGACUGACUCAAUUCUUAAUAAUCAAGCACACGCUCCAACAGCACAGGUACAGCCAAUGGGAUACGAUUAUCAGGCAUUUAUGACGGAAAUGCGAGACGGGCUUAACACGUUAAAAAAGGAUGUUAAAACCACUGGAAAUACAGAUUGUCCUAAUUGUCUAACGACUAGUAUGUUCUUACUGUUCGUCGCGAUACAGAUGAUAAUAUUAUUGGUGUACAGUCUUUAUCGAGACAAUAAGGAAGCACAGAUGAAGAAACUCUACUAACAUACACAUCGUCCACAUCGGCAAAUUUACGAUGCAUUGUCGUUUGCAUUACGAUUCGAUAUUUUUAUCACUCGUUAUUCGUAUUUGCGAAGUAUGAUGCGUAUCUUUCAACAUUUGUAUAAUAAAACCCCUCAUCCGUUAGAUCAAUGUGAAAUUGUACAUCAUCCGUCGAAUAUUGCCUCACGAGGACACGAAAACAUCUCGCGGCGACGUAACUCGCCAUUUUAAAUAUCUCCAUUUAUAAAUAUUCAAGUCGGAAGUCAUCUCCAUCAUGGUGCAAUGUGUAUUACGCUGUGCAAUCUAUAUUACAGUUGUAUCGCGAGGAAUUAUUAAGUUGAAGGUUACGGAUUAGUUAACCUGGGAGUUAUUAAAGAUGUCACACGAUUUUUGUCUUGUAUCGUUAUAUAUAAUAUAUAGUUUUUUUACUCGUCAGUCGCAUACAUAUUUAUCGUUACACACACGUUUUUGUGAAUUUUUAUUUGUAAUCGUUGUAUUCAUUUAUCAUGGUUACGCGGUUUUCCGUAUAAAUUUUUGUACGAUAUUUUGUAACACGCAUUUAGUACGUGAAUAUAUGAUUACUUUAUUUUUAAGAAUCAUCACUUUUUCGUCGUGCUUGAGGUCAUCGGCAUUCCACUAUGAACUGCGCCAUUUCUCAAAGCAAGGACAGAUAAUUAUCACAUGAUGCGUUUUACCGUUAUGUGAUAAUAGUUUUGAAUGUCUUUACUCAGCUAUUCCAUCAGUGACUAAUGUAGUGAAGAACGUGCGUUUGUGUGUUGCAGUCUACUCCAUCGUGAUCGUGUGCAGUGAGACUGCGUUUUCGAAAUCACGAUGAUACCUCUGAAUAAUGUAUGUACGUGUGUAAAGUGCAUGAGUAGAACUACUAUAGCGUACGGGAACGAAAAUGGAAAGAUCCCCCAAGUUCGUUACUCCCGACAUCAUUGCAUUUGUAAAAGUUUAUUGAAUAUUGUAGCUCUAUGAGAAAAUAUAUCUGACAAAAAAUUCAAAGAGGAUGGAAAGUGAAAAAAAGUUUAGUUAACGUUAACAUUAA